UCAACUGUGUAUGUUACCAUCUGUCGAUAAAGCAGGGAAAGAGUUACUUGUUUUAUCACAGAUGGCACCGCCUAUUAUAUGCGGUACUGAAAACUGAUUUAUAAUGAAAUACGUACGAAAGUCAUUGGAAGCAACAAAAAUUUAUUGAAGAAUUGACAUUUACCAUUUUUAUUAGUGUACACAUCUGUACGAUGAUUCAGUAAAACGUAAUUAAACAAAGAUGAAAAUAACCAAUAACACUUUUUUAUUAUUUAUAAAAUAUAAAGCAGUUUGUUUGUUUUAAUUAUCAAAUUGUUGAUAAAAAAGAUAAGGAUUCAUGCGGUGGCCUAGGUGCAAUUACACCGAGAAAAAUAUUUUGUUUGUCUUUAUCAGAAUAUUCAGUCAUUAAAAAGUGAAUUCAGUAAUACUAAACACACGUACAUGACUCUAUCGUUUUGUUAAAAUGACAAAUAAUAAUCUAAGUAAUUCAAGUAAUACAAAUAUAAAAAGUGAUUUAAAAGAAAAACUUUUGCCUCUUAAAUAUACGUAUAUUAUGAGUUGCGUCAUUUUAAUGAUAAAUGGCGCUUUUAUUUCUAUCGGUUCCGUGAUGAUUUGGAAAAAUUUACAUUAUUUUGAGAAGUUCGUUAGUUAUUAUACCAGUAUACCUAUUUUAAUAGUGAUGAUAGUAGGUGUAAUCAUAAUUGCUCUCAGCUGGUUUGGUAUUAUUUCUGCCUGGCUAUCUUAUUAUUGUGGACUUUUAAUGUUUUAUAUGUUUACAUCUUUGUUGUUUGUGUCGACCGUAGCAGGAUGGGCUUAUCUUUAUUAUGUAUCUGAUUCUAAUUUGUAUAAAAAGAACUUGUUACACACUUUAGUUAAUGCUACCAUAAACUAUCAUUUUGAAGAGGAUGCAAUAAAUAUUGUUCAAGCAAAGCUUCAAUGUUGCGGUGUCCACAGUUAUGCUGAUUGGGAAACAAUAUUAGGAUAUAUCCCGGGAUCAUGUUGCGAAUCGAAUGAUUUUUGCAAUUAUAAUAAUGGAUUCAAUGUUUACAAUCAAGGAUGUUACAUUGCCCUUAAUAGAUUAAUAGAAUCUUAUACCCUAUUAUUACAUCUAGUGGUCGUUAUAACAGAAGGGUUUUUCGUGCUAUCUAUUUCUUUAUCUUAUUACCUCUACCAAAAACCUUAUAAACACAAGCAAUUUAUAUCAUACACUCAAAGAAGGAAUAUAGAAUUGAGUCAAAACAAUCCAAGAAAUAACCAUUCUGCAUAUCCUGUAGGUUUAGCAGCUAAAAGUUUUAGUGGAUCGAUGAAUAUUAUUUGAAUAAAAAAAUCCAAAUCUAUGUUUACCAUUAAGAUUGAAAAAAUAAAUGAGAUGUGUAAACAAAUUUUGUGUUUUUCAGACCGCUAUAACUUAUCAUGAAGGAUAGAAUUCAGGGGUAUAGACAAAUUUUUUCUACUUGGUAAUAUUGUUGUAUGGUUGAGUUUAUAUGAAUAGGUUAACUCUCUAUCAUAUACGUCAUAUAGGAUGGGGAUAAUAAAGUACAAGCAGUCUUUUUUAUUAUUUAUUCAGAAUAUUUCAUGUAGUAUUUUUAUUUUACAAAAAAAGUCUCUUACAUUUUAAACCACAAAAUAUAUUGUAACUAGAUGAUAGAAGAAACCAUUACAGAAUAAUUAUUCUAUGAUAUUCUCAUAAUUCUUUUUAUAGUUAUCAAAGCUAUUUAUGAACAAUUUAAAUGUAUGUUACUUUUACAUGUUUUAACGGAGACACCAUUUGCGUUAUUUUCAAGCAACUAUGAAAAAUUCUAAAAUAGUCACGUACUAGAAAUAAAAACAGUAGGUUUUUAAAUAUAUUUUUUAAAAAUAAAAUGCAUACUAUUUUAUGAACCAAUAUCAGAUUUAUAAAAAAUGUAAACGAUACUUAGUAAAGAAGCUCGUAGCACUUAAUAACUUCAAAAAUUUAACACGAAAUAGCAUAAAUAUAACUGUUAAUUUCUAGUGCACGUUAUUAAUUAUUAUUAUUAUUAAUUCUAUUUUUAAUAAAACUAUCAAUCGAUAUUUUAUCAGCUAAUAACCAUACACAGCAAAAAACGAUAAAUUUAUACAUUAACAUCCUAUAACUAAAGAUGAUUUAGGUAAAUGUUUAUCAAUGCAUAAUUUUACAGAUCAAUUGUAAUAAAUAAAAGUUUACAAA